AUGUUACAUGAGUUCAAUCUCAGCCGUAUGGGCGUUAUAGGCGCUCGUAAGAUCACUAACAGCUGGGCACGUAACAUUGUUACUGUUGACAUGGUGCAACGUCGGUUCCGAGAGUUUGCUUCCAAAGAUACUGCCACUGUUAAGAAUGUGGAACAUCAUGGCCCAGUUUGGUGGCAGCGCUUUUGGCACAACGCUUGUCGAAUUAUUCCAUCUAAAGAUAAAAUAGUAAACUCGGAAUUUUGGGCUUUGCACCACUGUUUUCCGUUCUUAAAGAAAAGGCGAAAAAAGUCAGAAUUUACACUUAUUCAAGCAGUGACCACUUGA